UUCCAGUCCAUUCUUAUCAAUUCUGUGUGACUGCGUGUUGCAUUAUUGUCUGAUGGGUUGCUUUUUGCCUUCGUAACCCGACUUGCUGCCUAUGAGCCUUGCCUACGCGGCAAAGUUGCCUUUAGGGUUGGUGUGGUGUUUGCUAUAAAUCUCAUGACCUGUCCCCCACCUCCUUUCUCUGCAACUCACACACUUUUAUCUUUCCACAAGAAAAGUAUACUCUCCUACACACAAACACAAACACAUACUACAAUCAUCACACACACAAACAUAAAACAUGGCAUACAACAACUAUCAACAAGUCCCUUUCUGGGAUUUCCUACGAGGCUUCGAGCAGAACGGAGCAGGUGUUGACCACACGGCUCCUGGACCUGGAGCCCACCCUUUCUUCGGCUCCCCUCCACCACAUGGCGCUGGUCCCUUUGGAGCUGGGGGUCCUCCCAUGCAUGGCCCCGGCUUUCCCUUUGGUGGAAGGGGUGGAUGGGGAGGCAGAGGUGGAAUGGGCGGAAUGGGCGGCGGAUGCAGGGGACGGCACUGCCGUCGCGACCGUGAUGGAGAAGAAGAGGCCCGCGACUCAGGUGUUGAGGGGGAACACACCGAGGGCGAGGGCGAGGGUGAAGCUAAAGAAGGAGAAGAGAGCAACGAGGAACGCCCUGAGGGGCGUCGUGGCCGCAGAGGUCAUCAUGGCCAUGGAAGAGGUGGUCCACAUGGGUUUGGAGCAAGAGGCGGAUGGGGACAUCACGGCCGUCAUGGACACGGGCCUCACGGACGCAGAGGGCCUCCACAAUUCGGUGCUGCAUCAGGUGGAAUGGGAGCAUUCGAUCUGAGACCCAUCUUUGAGGCUCUCCAAAACCACCCCAUCGGCCAGCACCCCUGGGCCCAAGCACUCCGCAACAUGGCUGAGCAAGCUGGUGCCGGCGCACAAAGAUCAGGUGAGACACUUGUCCCCGAGGAGGCCGACAGCGAAACCUUUACCCCUCCCGUCGACAUCUUCUCUACUGAGAGAUCAUACAUUCUCCAUUUUGCUUUGCCAGGUGCAAAGAAGGAAGACGUUGGAGUCAACUUUGAUUCAGACAAGGGUGUCUUGAACGUCGCAGGUGUCGUUUACAGACGCGGUGACGAGGAGUUCUUGAAGACUUUGACCACCAGCGAGAGGAAGGUGGGGAUGUUCGAACGCACUGUCAAGCUACCACCUGGAGAUGAAGAGAAGGAAGAGGUCGAUGGAGAUGCGAUCACAGCAAAACUUGAGGAUGGCGUGUUGGUCGUUACAGUACCGAAGAUUGAGAAGGACUGGACUGAGGUCAAGAGAGUUGACAUUGAAUAGGGUGGAACCGUAGCCAAGGCCAGCUAGCCUGAGCUGGAGUUUUGGAUUGGAUUGGAUUCGGCUUUCUUUUCUCCUUGUCUGUAUCACAACACAUUUGGUAACAUAAUGACCUGAGAGGUCACUGAAAAAUCCCCCAAAAAAAAUGCCAUCUGGCAAUUAAAAAACUCUUCUUGCC